AGAGAUUACCAGGAAGUGCCUUCAAUUAAGAGCUCUUCUGCCCACUGGUGGUCAUGUAGGGCCCACUCGAAGAUCCGUGGCUGGCGAUUAGAAUCGUUUCCGUUUCCGCUUUGAUGGCACAGAUGUCAUCAUCGGCCAGAUAGGCAGCUAUAUUUAACAUUUUUAUUAGCCACUGACCAGUGACCACCAGCGACCAACUCCCCUCCCACAGACUUGGAAUGUCGCGUCAAUUUGUCUGGCCGGGCAUGGCAACAAUCUCGGCGAGCAUCUCAUCCUCAUCAUCAUCAUCAGAGAUGCGGCCAUCGGCAAGAUGGAGUGCAAGUGUCGCGUUGAUUUAUUAAUUAAGCAUUGGAGCGCGGCAGCUGAGCAACGCGUGGCAGCUGACGACGAUGCUAAUGAAGUACUCGCUGGAAAUUUUAAUUAACGAUCCCCGAUCCGAUCGCCAUAUAGCAUAGAUUCUUCUGGUGUUGACUUAUGACAUCACACCCAGAACAGAAGAGCCGAAGAACAGUGGAACACCAGCUGGCAGCGAUCUCAUUGCCAGACAAACUGACGACGCUUAUCACAUCAUAUGUACUUACAAAAAAAACGCCUCUAAAGCACAUUGGGGGACAUUGCGCAUACGCCGCGUGGCCCCAAAGCUAACAAUUAAACACUAUUCACCGCAACGCCUCCGGGCGACAUACAUAAAUUUCAUUCGCUCGACUCUGCUCUUAAUUUGUCUAGACAAUGGCAAAGUUCACUCCGAACAAAUAUAAUAUAGGCAAAGUUCAAUUAACGCUCUUGUCACAUGCCUUAGUUGGGGGCAAAUGGAUACAAAUUCGAGAAAAGAAGAGGAACGGAAAGCCAUUUGCAUUUUGCUGGGAAAUCGUCUUGACUAACCCCCAUAUGAGUCAUGUUUGAAGACUUUCGCUUGGAAUCUCUUAAUUUGAAGCAGAUGUGUGGGGGAGAUUUUGGGCGACCUUUGAGGCGAACUUUUGUGGCAAUGAACUUGAGAAAUCUGUGGUAAUUUGGAAAGAAUGCUUAAAGAACAUUCACUUCUUCGAAACAUAAGCUUAACUUAUUGUAGAACAUUUUUUAAUGUAUUUAGAAAUUUGAAAUACUCCAACUAGAGUUUGCAAAGGGUAAAGUUUAAAAGCUCGUUAAAAUUUAAUUUUACACGGUAAAUAGCCAUAAAACAUGUUUAAAGUUUUAGAUACGCCUUAGUCUAAAUAGACUGUAAAGUAGAGAUGAAGUCUUAACAAAUUUUCUCAAGAUCAAGUAAGAUGAACUGGCUGGUGAUUUUGGUCCUUGGAGUCUUCCUAACGAUUGUGAUGGCUGAAAACGAACCCUAUGUGUGCGAUGGAAAGGACGACAGGGUCUGCGAUGAGUAUCGAUGCAUCUGCCGCAGAAGGACUACAGAACGGUAUCCAAAUACAGAGUAUGAAUUUUGAAUGAGAAAUACAAAAUAAGUGAAGUUGGUGUGUUUUAAAUUGCUUUGAAAUGUCAAGAUCGAAUUGCUAUAUUAGUAAAUCAACAUUUAAACAUCAAAAAUAGUAGUUAUGGAAGUAAAUUUGUAUAUUGUGUUUUAUAAAAAAAACCUGAAAUAAAUAAAAGAAGCAUAAAAUAUAU